AUGCUGACCACCCUGGGGCUGCUGCUCAGCUUUGCUGUCCCAGUGCUGGGGGUCUACCUUUCCAUUAGCUGUCCCGGAGGCAAGCAAUGCCAACGGGCCCUGCUCUCAGGGAAUGACAUCCUGCUGCACUGCAACUCCUCAGGGGCACGCUGGCAUUACUUCCUCGCACACAGCUGGGACCAGCCGCCUUCCAAGGUCUCCGGUUUUUCCAAUAUAGAAAUAACGCCCAAGGGCAGCCUCAUCAUUAGAGAGCCGUUGCCCUCCCAGACGGGGGUCUACUGCUGCCUGAACGAGAAUGGCACCCAAGUGGUGCAGUACGAGAUUGACUUCCAGGACGUCGCCACGCUGCACAUAACACACACGGGCCUGGGGCAACAGCCUCUGCAGAAUGAGACCCUAUACCCGGACGGCAAGGAGCUCAUCUUCACCCGCUGGGAGCCCUGGCAGGACUGUAACCGCUGCGGGGGGCCGGGCGAGCGUAAACGCCUGGGGUACUGCUACGUCGGGGAGCCCCUGGAGGAGCCCACGCCCUGCUGGCUCUAUCUGAAAGAGGUGGAGGUGUGGUCCAGCCGCAUGCGGCCUGAGCUGCAGGUGGAGGCCUGCGACACCCCGUGCUUUGACGGUGAACCACUGGGGGUGGGUUACAUCACCUUCGACGACUUCCAGCUCAAGGAGGAGUCAGAGUCUGUGUGGCUCUCCUGCCCCUUAGCAUCCAUCUACAGGCCGGUCAUCUGGGAAGCUGACGAGACGCCCCUGACGUGGCAGCGGCAGCUCUCGGGCCGGGCCGACGACACCUUCCUGGACCCCUCCACCGGCGGCAGGCAGCUGCAGGUUUUCCAGCCGGCCGUUUACAGGUGCUUCGUGCAGCAGGAGCUCAUGGCCCAGUUCAACCCCAGGCCCGGCCCCGAGGUACUGGAGGCCCAGGAGGAAGAGAGCGAGGCGCAGCCGCGGGAGGCCGGGGGAGGCCGGCGGAGGAGGGCACACCCUGUCCUCACGGGCCUGAAGCUGGCACUGCUCGCGGGCGCCGUGCUGGCCCUGGCCGGGCUGCUGCUCAGGUGCCGCCGCCCUUCCCGGGGCUCGAGAAGAGACUGGGUGGUGCUGGUGAAAUAA